CUCGACCCAGGCUGCUACGGGCAUCCGGUCGUAAUCCUGUUCCCCGAGCCGGAGGCAGGCGAGGUCGUGUCGGUCUUCAUCAUCACCUCCUUUGGCGGUACGGACCUCGCGGUCCGUCACCCAGGACGCCAGCGGAGGGGGCAGUACGUCCCCAUUGCGCCCGCCGACCCGCAUCCCGACAGCGGGAGGCUCCUGUUCCUCGCCGACAACGCGAGGUUGCCAAAGAAGAGCUGGGUCAACGUGUCCGCCCUGCACAUCGUCCCCCUCGCCAUCCUGCGC